AUGGGCCCCAGUCAUACAGGGCCCCCAGUCAUACAGAGCCUCCAGCCAUACAGGGCCUCAGUCAUGCAGGGCCCCCAGCUAUACAGAGCCCUUAGCCACACAGGGCCUCCAGUCAUGCCGGGGCCCCCAGCCACACAGAGGCCCUUAGCCAUACAGGGCCUCCAGUCAUGCAGGGCCCCCAGCCAUACUGGGGCCUCCAGUCAUGCAGGGCCCCAGCCACCCAGGGCCUCCAGCCAGCCAGAAGCCCCAGUCGCCUGGGGCUCAUCCCAGAGCCCCAGCCAUACAGAGCCCCAGUCAUACAGGGCCCCCAGUCAUGCAGGGCCCCCAGUCAUGGGGCCCCAGUCGCACAGAGGCCCCCAGUCUCCAGAGCCCUUAGCCGCCUGGGGCCUCCAGUCAUGCAGGCCCCCAGCCCAGCCAGAGAGCCCAGUGUACAGGGCCCCCAGUCAUGCAGGGCCCCAGUCAUACAGGGCCAGUCACACAGGGCUGAUCGCACAGAGCCCUUAG